CAUAAGGGUCCUUGGGAAGGGUUAUGUAAAAAAUCAUAUAUACAUACAACCUCCCUUUUUCUUGAUCAAAACGUACGACUUCCAAACGUAUUUAUCGUCUUCGACCAUUCUUCGUAAAAUCCGAUCACCAGGUGAAGAAUUAAGUUGUGCAUGGCUAGUGUCUCCAAAGAAGUUAAUGCAGCAAUUUUGUUGCCGGACAAAAUUGUUGUACGAAUUUUUAAUAAAACGGAUUUGAAAACCUUAUUCAAUUGCAAACGUGUUUCUAAACGUUUUUACCAGAUCGCCUGUGAAGUCGACACCAUUACCUUUGUUGCUCCUUCUCGUUGGACGGCUAAUAAUCCGGUAUUUCGUCGGCAUGCACGUUGGCUUGCCGUAUAUAGUCACAAGAAAUUCUCUAGUAGUACGUUUGGUUGGAGGUUUGGUCAUUUGGUUGGUGGAUUGAUCGACUCUAUGAAAAAAUUUACAAGACUCAGGUCUCUGUAUAUCGAACUUCCUUUGUCAUCUAUUAAGGGUUUACCUCAUCUAAAGUGGAAGGUUUUUAUAGACAGUAAUAGAAUUGGCUCAUUUGUGCUUUUAGCAUCAACUUCGAUAUAUGACACAAAGGGAUCAUCAUCCGUUGAUGACCGUGAAGAAGAGGGAUUAUCAAAUUAUAUGAGUCCUAUAGGAAACUAUACUGCAGAAAUAUGUAUGGAGAAUGCAUUUGUAAGGUAUCUGAUGUUGCUUGGUUUAGCUCGUGAAUGUCCCUUUUUGGAAAAGAUUUCCAUUACGGAUCCACGUAAAAGAGGAAGGAUCUCUCUUAGUGGUGCAAAACUCUCCGAGGUUAGAAAUUCGUUUACUAGCAUUGGACCUCCUGAUGAAGUCGACAAAUUUAUUAGUAAGGUUGAGCAAGGCAUGAGUUCAAGAGGCCGGGUCAGUGGGUGUGACAUCCCCUUGUUGUAUUUGCGAGAUUCAGGGUUCAUUAUGAAAGGCGUGAAACUAAAUUUGUAUAGUUAUGAGGAGCCUGCUUCUGUUGAUGAAGAAGACAGCAAGGAGGAUGAUUUUGAAGACAGUGAGGAGGAGGCUACCUAUGGUGACUUUGAAGAGCAGGACGACCUGCUCCCGUAUGAAUAUGAAUAUAGUUAUGAUGGUUAUAUAAACAUUGGUGUCGAUUUUGAAGACAAAGAGGAGGCUGCCUUUAGUGAAGCUUUGAUGGAGAUUUUUAACAAGCAUAGCGAUAGAAUACGUGGUCCUGGUUAUGAUUAUCUUCCUUUCUGAGCUGUUAGAUUGAAUAUCUGUCAAUUAGAAGUGUGUGUACAUUCAGAUUUUGGUUUCGAAGUUAAAUUGUUUGGUUCCGAAAUCAUUCUGCAAUAUAGUCCCAAAAAGAAUGUAAUUAUGAGACAUUUGUUCAUGUUAUAUGGCUUGAAAUUGUAAUGUCUUGAUACGUUUGCAGAA